CGCUCCAUCCUCUCCCUCUCACUGUUGUAUAAGCGCAGCCAGAGAACCUGAGGGGAGGCGGAGACACAGCAGGGGCUUGGCCAAUCAGCAGACGGUGCAGUCAUGGGCCGGGCGGCCAAUGGCACGUCAGGAGGGCUGCGACUGGUGAGGUGAGGCGGUCGGGAGUCUCUUAUUAAUGAAUGGAGGAGGCGACAGGCAGCACGCGGCGUCUGUGUCCCCACUCGCACAGACGCUGAGGGCAGAGAGCGAGAGCAAGAGGAGAGGAGAAGAGAGGAGAGGAGAGUAAGAGGAGAGCGAAGGAGGACAACAGAGAGAGAGAGAGAGAGAGAGAUAGAGAGGAGGGGAGAGAGAGGGGGUGAGAGAAGGCGAGAGAGAGAGCGAGAGAGAGAGAGGCAGAGCCAGAGUGAGUGAGUGAGUGAGAGAGAGGGACUCAUAAAAUCAGGCAAACAAAGCCAGAUUGUUUGCUCCGGCGGCGGCGUUGGCAAUCGUGAGUGGAGUGGAAGCGGGACGCAAGAGGCAGCAGGGAUGGAGGCAGAGCAGGAGCAUCAUCAUCUGAGGCCAGCCGACCACAACGGGUCUGAAUGUGGAGCUGACCCAAACGCACAACACACCCACAAAGCUGAUCAGAACCUCACAACCGACGACACUGAACAGAACCACGAGGCGGUGAAGGAGGAGCAGGAGGAGGAUCCAGAGGAAGAGGUGAUCCACCUCCAGGAGGAGGUGGAGGUGGAGGUGGAGGAGGAGGACCAGGAGGAGCCUGAGCCUCUCCUAGGAGCAGCAGAAGCUCUGGCCUCCUUCUCCUGUAUCUCCACCACCUCCUCCACCAACACCACCACCUCCUCCUUCUCCCGCCUGCGCCUCCCCUCCACCACCAGCCCCACGCGGCGCUCCAUCUCCAUGGGGGAUUUCAAGCGCGUGGGCCCCGGCUCGGGCUCGGAGACCCCGUCCGCAGCCUCCACGGCGCCCUCCUCCAAGCUGGUCACCCCCAGCUCCAGCAUGGAGUUCGAGGCGGCCCGCCGUCGCCUCCUGGAGGUGGAGGAGCGCCAGCGCGUCAUUCACGAGAUGGAGCGGCGCCUGGAGGAGCUGCGGGAGGUGUUUGUGCGCUCGGAGCAGGAGGCCGUGGAGCACGGCGAGAUCGUGGCGCGCAUCUCAACCUCCGCCCAGCAGGGGGAGCUCUUCGCAACCGAGAACACGCAGCGGUUCAAGAAGCGCUUCAAGCGCCACCGGCCCACCAUCGUCUUCUCGUCCAUGCUGGGACUCCGCACGUGCCUGCCCUGGCCUGUCAAGCUCAAGUAGAGGGAGAAAGGAGAGCCAGAGGAGGAAGGAGAGGAACUGCACAACGGACUUA